AUGCCAUCGCAAAUUAAGACUGAAACCACAGCCAACGCCCAUCAAGCGACCAGCAACAUCGGUCGACUUGACUUGCGAGGUGGAGACGAUGGACCAAGAUAUCCUCAAUAUCUUCCUUCAGUAGGACAUGCUACUUUCCCAGACUGGGAAGAAAUCAACUAUGUCGACCCUGGUACAAGAGGUACAUCUGAUAAGAAGCAUCUCUUUCUACCCGGCUCGAAACAUAAGGCUAUCACGCCCAGAAUCGGUGAAGAAAUCAGGGGUGUUCAACUCUCUCAAUUGACCAAAGAGGGCUUGGAUGAUCUCGCUUUGCUGGCUGCUGAGAGAGGUGUAGUCAUCUUCCGUGAUCAAGAUUUUAAGGAUAUCGGCGUGGAGAAACAACUGGAGACUGCCAGGCAUUUCGGUAGACUUCACAUCCAUCCUACCAUGCCUUACCCAAAAGGUAUCCCAGAGAUGCACGUCGUAUACAAAGAUCCGGCAGCUGCCAAUCGGUUCAGCGCUAUCAAGCCAUCGGACUUGCAGUCUGUCAGCUCUGUCGUCUGGCACUCUGACCACACAGCAGAACAGCAGCCACCUGGAUACACUUUCUUCGUUGCCCUUGAAGUGCCAGAGACUGGUGGUGAUACUCUCUUUGUCUCAGCCACUGAGGCAUACAAACAGCUAUCUGAUGGAUACAAACAAACACUUGAGGGUCUAAAGAUCGUUCAUGAUAACACAAGCAUGAUCGAGUACGCCAAAUCCAAGGGAUUGCCCGCGAGGUUCAGCCCUCAGAAGAGAUCUCACCCUCUUAUCCGAACGCAUCCUGCCACAGGUGAAAAGAUCCUUUGGGCGAUCGGUGCCGGUGAAGGAAACGGUAUGCCAAGGUACAUCGAAGGAUUCAAAAAAGAAGAAUCCGACUCUACACUUCGAUUGUUGAAUGAUGUAUUGCAACGAAGUGGUGACAUCCAGAUGAGAGCCACUUACGAACCUGGCACAGUUGUCAUCUGGGACAACCGAGCUGUUGGACACACCCCUGUACAUGAUCACAAGGGCGAAAGACGUCACUUUGUUAGAAUCUCUGCCAUGGCUGAGACUCCUUACUAG